CACUCACUCAACACCCAAACCAAAAAAAAAAAAAAAAAAAAACACCAACAAAUAAUAAUGACACCACCUCCACCGCCGCCGCAGCUCCUCUCCGCCGCAGCCAUCUUCUUCAUUCUCGCGGCCUCCACCUGCUUCCCGCCCUCGGCCGCCGCGAAGCCGAACAACGGCGCGGGGAUAAAAGGGGCGUUCGUGUUCGGUUCGUCGCUGGUGGACAAUGGCAACAACAAUUUCCUCGCCAAGGCGCUGGCCAAGUCCAAUUACCCGCCGUACGGCAUCGACUUCCCCGGCGGCGUGCCCACCGGCCGGUACACCAACGGCAAGAACGUCGUCGAUUUCAUCACCGACCAGCUCGGCAUCCCCCCGCUCCCGCCGUCACGCGACCCUUCCACCGCCGGCGCCGGCGUCGCCCGCGGCGUCGACUUCGCCUCCGGCGGGUCGGGGAUCCUCGACGAAACCGGCGCCAUCACGGGCCAAGUGAUCAGUUUGAAUGAACAGAUCAAAGACUUUGAAACUUCAACGCUGCCAGAACUGGAGAAGCUGUUGAAUUGCCAGAGGGAAGAGUUACUGCCUGAUUACCUGUUUGUGGUUGGCACAGGUGGCAACGAUUACACUCUUAAUUACUUCCUUAAUCUCACUAAUCCCCGUCCAGAUCUGGAAGCCUUCACUUCCAAUCUCAUCUCCUCACUAUCAGCCAAGCUCCUGCAUCUGCGGGGAUUAGGAGCUCGAAAGUUCGCUCUAAUGGCGAUCUACCCGCUCGGCUGCACCCCUUCCGCGAGGCAGAGGAGCCCCGGCACCACCGGAUGCAUCGCUCCGCUGAACUUCGCGGCUCAGCUCUUCAAUACCAAGCUCAAGUCUAUGGUUGACACCCUGAAUCAACAGCAACCUGAUUCUAAGUUCGUCAUGAUCAACGCCUAUGGGAUUAUCGACCAGAUUCUCAACAAACCGGUCUUAGCAGGAUUUAGUGACACAGUCAAUCCAUGUUGCGAAGCAACGACAAUCUUAUGCAAUAGAGGUGGAGCUGCUUGCGAUAACAGGAGAGCGUACGUGUUCUUCGACGGUCUCCAUACGACAGACGCAGUGAACCUCCAGAUAGCGACUAGGGCAUAUGGUUCCACUUGCAAGGAUGAUGUCUACCCGAUCAAUAUCGGGCAACUGGCGAUGCUCUAGGACGACUACUCUGGCAGACUAAGAAGUUUAGCUUCCUCUAAUUCCACUGUUACAAACUAAAAUGAUAAUGUUCCCUUCUGAUGCUCACUACCUGAUAGCUGAUGAAUAAAAAUAACUUGAAGAACGAACUGAAUUAAGUUAAGGAGGAGCUGAAUAGAAUCAAACAAGAAAACUGAAAGCUUGAGAUUAAG